CGAGGGGCGGCCAUCUUGGGUCCGUGAGGCUCGGAGGUGCCGGGGGCGGCGGUGUCGGCGGCCACCGGGCGGAGGCUGAGGCGGAAAGCGAGCCGGAGGGAGAAGAACAGCCGGGUGCAGGCGCCGCCUCCGCAGCCCCCUCCAUGGUCGGCGCCCGCAGCCCGCGGGGACCUGUCUUGCACUUCACCUCCUCCACAUCCUCCUCUUCUUCAAGGGCCGCCGGCGGCGCUGUGUGGAGGCUCCGGCGCUGAAAUCCGCGGCGCGACGGGCGGGGGCGGAGGAGGAGGCGAGGGGGUCCGGGCUCGUGGGGCGCCCGGAGGCCCGGGGACGCCAGUGGGCCGACCCGCAGCCCGCCGCCGCCGGCCCGGCGCCGCCACCGCCGCCCGCGGGGCUCCUCGGCGCGGCCGCCGGGGCCGGGGGAGCAUGAGCCCCGCGACCCGCCGGGGGACGGCCCGGGCCCGGCCCGGGAUCUAGACGGCCGUGGGGGAGGGGAGCCGCCCUGCCGCGGCGCCGCUCCGGAACCGCCGGGCCCUCGACGCCGCUUCUCCGGCCCCCGGGGCCGCGCUGUUUUGUUUCACCCUCGCGUUGUGCAGAAGUGAAGUGAAGUAAAAUGUCCACUAGGACCCCGCUGCCGACGGUGAAUGAACGGGACACUGAGAACCACACGUCACAUGGAGACGGGCGGCAAGAAGUUACCUCUCGCACUGGGCGCUCUGGAGCACGGUGUAGAAACUCUGUAGCUUCCUGUGCAGAUGAACAACCUCACAUCGGUAACUACAGACUGUUGAAAACAAUCGGCAAGGGGAAUUUUGCAAAAGUGAAAUUGGCAAGACACAUCCUUACAGGCAGAGAGGUCGCAAUAAAAAUAAUUGACAAAACUCAGUUGAAUCCAACAAGUCUACAAAAGAUAGUGUCUGCAGUCCAGUACUGCCACCAGAAGCGGAUCGUUCACAGAGACCUCAAGGCUGAAAAUCUAUUGUUAGAUGCUGAUAUGAACAUUAAAAUAGCUGACUUUGGUUUUAGCAAUGAAUUUACUGUUGGCAGUAAACUGGAUACGUUUUGUGGCAGUCCUCCGUAUGCAGCCCCAGAGCUCUUCCAGGGCAAGAAAUACGACGGGCCGGAAGUGGACGUGUGGAGCCUCGGCGUCAUUCUUUACACUUUAGUCAGCGGGUCACUCCCCUUUGAUGGACAGAACCUAAAGGAACUGAGAGAGAGAGUAUUAAGAGGGAAAUACAGAAUCCCUUUCUACAUGUCCACAGACUGUGAAAACCUUCUCAAACGUUUCCUGGUGCUAAAUCCAAUAAAACGAGGCACUCUAGAGCAAAUCAUGAAGGACAGGUGGAUCAAUGCAGGGCAUGAGGAAGAUGAACUAAAGCCGUUUGUUGAACCAGAACUGGACAUCUCAGACCAGAAAAGGAUAGAUAUUAUGGUGGGAAUGGGAUAUUCACAAGACGAAAUUCAAGAAUCUCUUAGUAAGAUGAAAUAUGAUGAAAUCACAGCUACAUACUUGUUGUUGGGGAGAAAAUCUUCAGAGCUGGAUGCUAGUGAUUCCAGUUCUAGCAGCAAUCUUUCACUUGCUAAGGUUAGGCCAAGCAGCGACCUCAGCAACAGUACUGGCCAGUCUCCUCACCACAAAGUACAGAGAAGUGUUUCUUCAAGCCAGAAGCAGAGGCGGUACAGUGACCAUGCUGGACCAGCUAUUCCUUCAGUUGUGGCGUAUCCGAAAAGGAGUCAGACCAGCACUGCAGACGGCGACCUCAGAGAAGAUGGAGUUCCGUCCCGGAAAGCAGGCGGCAGCGCUGCUGGAGGAAAGGGAGUUGCUCCAGCCAGUCCCAUGCUUGGCAGCGCAAGUAAUCCCAACAAGGCGGAUAUUCCCGAACGCAAGAAGACCUCCACCGUCCCCGGUAGUAAUACAGCAUCUGGUGGAAUGACGCGGCGGAAUACUUAUGUUUGCAGUGAAAGAACUACAGCUGAUAGACAUUCAGUAAUUCAGAAUGGCAAAGAAAACAGCACUAUUCCUGACCAGAGAGCUCCAGUUGCUUCAACACACAGUAUUAGCAGCGCCACCACCCCAGAUCGAACCCGCUUCCCAAGAGGCACUGCCAGUCGUAGCACUUUCCACGGCCAGCCCCGGGAGCGGCGCACUGCCACAUAUAACGGCCCGCCUGCUUCACCCAGCCUGUCCCAUGAAGCCACACCAUUGUCGCAGACUCGAAGCCGAGGCUCCACUAAUCUUUUUAGUAAAUUAACUUCCAAACUCACAAGGAGAAACAUGUCAUUCAGGUUUAUCAAAAGGCUUCCAACUGAAUAUGAGAGGAACGGGAGAUAUGAGGGCUCAAGUCGCAACGUAUCUGCUGAGCAAAAGGAGGAAAACAAAGAAGCAAAACCUCGUUCCCUGCGCUUUACCUGGAGCAUGAAAACCACUAGUUCCAUGGAUCCCAGUGACAUGAUGCGGGAAAUCCGCAAAGUGCUGGACGCCAAUAACUGUGACUACGAGCAGAGAGAGCGCUUCUUACUCUUCUGUGUCCACGGCGACGGGCACGCGGAGAGCCUCGUGCAGUGGGAGAUGGAAGUGUGCAAGCUGCCAAGACUGUCUCUGAACGGGGUCCGGUUUAAGCGGAUAUCAGGGACGUCCAUAGCUUUCAAAAAUAUCGCUUCCAAAAUUGCCAAUGAGCUAAAGCUGUAACCCAGUAAUUAUGGUGUAAAUUAAGUAGCAAUUUAAAGUGUUUUCCUGAACACUGAUGGAAAUGUAUAGAAUAAUAUUUAGGCAAUAACGUCUGCAUCUUCUAAAUCAUGAUAUUAAAAUAUAAGGACGAGAGCACGCCUGGGAGCGAAAGCUGGCCUUUUUUCUACGAAUGCACUACAUUAAAGACGUGUGACACGUG